AUAAACGAAUCAAAUACCAGUUACCCCAAAAAAAAAAAAAAGGAAUCAAAUACCAAUAAACGGUUUAGAGAGAAGAACUCAUUUAAUUGGACUGACAGGCAAAAGUGUGAUGUGAUUUUGGCAUUGGUUAAUCCAAAAUGCCUCUUUGUUGUGCUGACUUUAAAAAAAAUUUUAAAUUAAAAAAAAAACUUGACAUAAUUUAAAUGGUGCAAAACAGAGAUUGUCAUCAUCCCAACUUGCAAAUUCUAGCUUUGUCUAGUCGUUGUAUAUAGAGUUUUAUGUGGCUAUAAUUUCCAUUGUUCUAUUCUAAGCCCAGCAUCUUCCAGAGUGAAUAUGCCUGCAAUUAUAAAGCUUAGCAUCAUCCUUAUAGUUUUCGACUUCCACGUCUAAUUAACUUAUAUAUAAAACCAUGCAUGGUCGCUGCCUGCCUUCUUGGAAGAGCAAAAACCAAUGCUUUUUUUGGCAACUUCUCCAGCUCACAAGCUCUCAAUUCUUUUUGGAUAAGUGCUAAAAACCAAUAAUUUUUUGGCAACUUUUAUUACUCAUGUAAUGGUGUAUCAUUCUGCCAUGAAAUUUUUUGUCUCAAUUUGUGUUGCAGUGACCAAUUAGAAAUUUAGAACUCACAAAAAGAAGAAGGGGGUUCUUUAAAUAGAAACCCUUCAACCCUUUUCUUGUCAUCAAUUGUUUGAGGCAAUGGAGGGUUUGGUCAUGACCCCAAAUGAAGCUGAUGAAAAAUUGCCCAAAUCAGCUGGCAGAAGUUGUGAGGCGGUUGGUGUCGAAAACUCACUGAGGCUAAAAUUUCUUGCUACAAUUGGUGCCCAUGAAUAUUUUUCACCAGAGAUGUGGAGAGCAGCUUUUACAGAAUUAGUAGCAACAGCUUCUCUUCUGUUCACGCUGACCUCUUCAAUCAUCUCAUGCUUGGAAUCAGGAGAGGUUGAUCCAAAGCUGCUUGUCCCAAUUGCAGUCUUCAUCAUAGCCUUCCUCUUCCUCCUAGUCACAGUCCCUUUAUCUGGAGGGCACAUGAGCCCUGUCUUCACAUUCAUAGCUGCCCUCAAGGGUGUUAUAACUUUUGCUAGGGCCUCCAUCUACAUUUUGGCACAAUGCAUUGGCUCAAUCUUGGGAUUUCUUAUAAUCAAGACUGUGAUGGAUCAAAAUGCAGCACAAAAAUAUUCCUUAGGUGGCUGCACAAUCAAGGGAAGUGGGUCCACAUCUGGGGUGGGGACACAAACAGCAUUGAUGGUAGAAUUUGCCUGCACAUUUGUGGUUCUCUUUGUCGGGGUCACAGUGGCAUUUGACAAGAGAAGGUGCAAAGAGUUGGGUUUGGCCAUGGUGUGUGCUGUGGUAGCUGGGGCUAUGGCACUUGCAGUUUUUGUGUCAAUUACUGUGACUGGGCGGGUCGGAUAUGCGGGCGUGGGUCUGAGCCCGGCAAGGUGCUUAGGCCCAGCAUUGUUGCAAGGGGGGAGGUUGUGGGAUGGCCAUUGGGUUUUCUGGGUUGGACCAAUCUUGGCUUGUAGUGUGUACUAUUGUGUCUCUUUAAACUUGCCCAAUGAGGGUUUAAAAUCUGUGGAAGAAGAGUGUGACAUUCUGAAGGGAGAGGGCAAUGUAUGAGAUCUUGAUCUGCAAUGCAUUUAAACACGUAAAAUAUUCUACCCUGAGCUCUAGCUUAAGUGGUACUUUGAUCGGUUGGAAAUGUAGUGGAUUACAAGUUUGAAUUCUAGCGUUUGUGAACCACAGUUGCUACUUAGAUAGGAUCCUUCUUAAAUGUGCGGUAUUCAUUGAUAGUCUAACAACAUAAUAUGUACGAUUCUUGAAAUAUAUAUAUAUAUAUGGACACAUAUUUACAUA